GGCUCUCGUGCAGUCUGUGGCGGGAGAUUCCAGCAUGGCCGUGCAACCAAAACAGAACUUGUCCAUGGACAGCGCGUCCGAAACCGGGUUUAUCAACUUUUUUUUUUCUAUGCCCGAAACGGACACUACGGUGAGGAUAUUUGAUCGCAACGAUUACUACACCGUGCACGGAAAAGAUGCUGGAUUUGCGGCAAAGGAAGUCUUCAAGACGAAUAGCGUUAUUAAAAUGCUCGGUGCAGGCAGCAGGAGGCUGGAGAGUGUGGUGCUCAGUAAGAUGAACUUUGAGGCGUUUGUGAGAGACCUGCUGCUGGUCAGGCAGUACCGUGUGGAAGUGUACAGGAAUAAAGCUGGAAGUAAAAGCAGCAAAGAUCAUGACUGGCAAAUAGCCUACAAGGCCUCUCCAGGAAACCUGACCCAGUUUGAGGAGGUUCUUUUUGGUAGUGGUGGAGGUAUAGGGGAAGGGGCUGCUGGAGUUGUGGGGAUCCGGCUUGGAACAGGAAGUGAUGGACAGCGUGUCGUGGGCGUUGGAUAUGUUGAUAGCAUACUCCGAAAGCUCGGCGUCUGCGAGUUUCCAGAUAAUGACCAGUUCUCUAAUCUGGAAGCUCUCCUGGUGCAGAUUGGCCCUAAAGAGUGUGUGCUUCCUGCUGGAGAUACAGCAGGAGAUCUGGGUAAACUAAGACAGGUGGUGCAGCGUGGAGGUAUUCUGCUCUCAGACAGGAAGAAGGCAGAGUUUGCAACCAAAGAUAUAGUUCAGGAUCUUAACCGUUUACUGAAGGCUUGCAAGGGGGAGACGGUGUCUAGUGCUGCACUCCCAGAGAUGGAGAAACAGAUUGCCAUGUCUUGUUUGGCUGCUGCCAUAAAGUAUCUGGAGCUCCUUUCUGAUGAGGCCAACUUCAGUUCUUUCAAAAUGACCACAUUUGACCUCAGCCAGUACAUGCGUCUCGACAACGCGGCUGUGCAGGCGCUUAAUCUCUUCCAGGCUUCCUCUGAUGAUCAAACAGGUACACACUCCCUGGCAGGACUUUUGAACAAGUGUCGAACACCUCAGGGCCAACGCCUGGUCAACCAGUGGCUUAAACAACCUCUGAUGGACAAAAACAAGAUAGAGGAAAGGCUAGACCUUGUGGAGAGCUUCGUGGAGGACUCGGAGCUGAGGCAGAGCUGCCAGGAGGACCUGCUGCGUCGGUUUCCUGACCUGAAUCGCCUGGCUAAAAAAUUCCAGCGGCAAAACGCCAACCUGCAGGACUGUUAUCGUGUGUACCAGGCUGUGGCUCAACUUCCAGCACUGGUGCUGGCCCUAGAGAGGCAUGGUGGCAAACAUCAGGUCCUGCUGAAUGCAGCAUUUAUUACACCCAUCAAUGACCUUGUCUCCGAUUUCAACAAGUUUCAGGAGAUGAUUGAAACGACACUGGACAUGAACCAGAUUGAGCACCAUGAAUUUCUGGUAAAGCCCUCCUUUGACCCCACACUGAGUGAACUAAGGGAAAGCAUGGACCAGCUGGAGAAAAGCAUGCAGGCAACUCUAAAAAGUUCAGCCCGAGAGCUUAGUUUGGAUGCAGGCAAGACGAUUAAGCUAGAAUCGAAUGCUCAGAUUGGAUACUUUUUUCGUGUCACCUGCAAAGAGGAGAAAACUCUGCGCAACAAUAAGAAAUUUACAACCUUGGAUGUGCAGAAAAAUGGAGUCCGCUUUACCAACAGUAAGCUGAGCUCUUUGAAUGAGGAGUACACCAAAAGCAGACAAGAGUACGAGGAGGCCCAGAAUGCCAUUGUAAAAGAGAUAAUCAGCAUUGCUGCUGGCUAUGUCGACCCUCUGCAGACACUAAAUGACAUUAUAGCACAGCUAGAUGCAGUGGUAAGCUUUGCAGUCGUAUCCCAUGCUGCCCCUGUUCCCUAUGUGAGGCCUAUGAUACUGGAGAAAGGUACCGGCAGGUUGGUCCUGAAGGGAGCACGUCAUCCUUGUGUGGAAGCCCAAGACGAUGUGGCCUUCAUACCUAAUGAUGUGACUUUCGCUAAAGGAAAGGAGAUGUUCCACAUCAUUACAGGUCCAAACAUGGGUGGGAAAUCGACCUACAUUCGUCAGGUGGGUGUGAUCGUGCUGAUGGCGCAGGUUGGCUGCUUUGUGCCAUGUGAUGAAGCGGAGAUCAGUGUGGUAGACAGUGUGCUGGCUCGUGUUGGUGCGGGGGACAGCCAAAUUAAAGGCGUCUCCACGUUUAUGGCUGAGAUGCUCGAGACAGCCGCUAUCUUACGUUCUGCCACCGAGAGCUCUCUGAUCAUCAUUGAUGAAUUAGGACGAGGGACUUCUACAUACGAUGGUUUCGGCUUGGCUUGGGCCAUCUCUGAGUACAUUGCCACACGCCUAAAAUCCUUCUGCCUGUUUGCCACUCACUUCCAUGAGCUGACCGCUUUAGCACAGCAAGUGUCUACCGUGAACAACCUCCAUGUCACUGCCCUGACUACAGACAACACUCUCACAAUGCUGUACAGGGUAAAAACAGGUGUGUGUGACCAGAGCUUUGGGAUUCACGUGGCUGAGCUGGCAAACUUCCCCAAACAUGUCAUUGCUAAUGCUCGAGAAAAGGCUUUGGAGCUUGAGGAGUUUCAGGAUGUCUCCGGAGGUGACGAGGAUGCUGGACCUGAAGCUAAAAAGAGACGCUUGGAGAGAAAGGAUGGUGAGAAGAUCAUUGAGGAUUUCCUGAGAAAGGUGAAGACUCUGCCGGUCCAGGACAUGACUGAUGAGGCUAUCAAAGCUGAGCUGCACAAACUGAAGGCUGAGGUUGUUGCCCAUAACAACACUUUUGUUAAUGAGAUUGUUCUCAUGCCGAGAAGAUGAGAUCUACAUAAUGAGGCUUAAUAUCAUGUCGAAUACAGUUCCCCUUCUACGUGUAUAAUACUAAGAGUAACCUUUAGCAUCACUUUUUAAGUUGUGUCCUUUUGUGUUUCAUUGUUCUUUCUAGUAAACAUAUACUGUAAUUUGUUUUUGUUAAAUCCUUGAAAUGGAGUUUCUCAAAUAUUUCUUUUUCUUUUUCUUUUUUUAUGUAAGGAAGCCUUUGGUUGUCUCAAAAGGUUUAGUUUAUGUUUAACCCCAACUGUGCUUCAAACGUGCUGCAUUGUAGAGAAAAAUAAAUCAAGGAAAUUUU